CUCUUGUCAAAGCAAGUACCCGACUCCUUUCCGCAGACGCAUUGAUCUCACGCUAUGCUUGAUCAAGCUGAGAUAGAUCGUCUAAAGCAGUUCCACGCCGCUCACUUCCCGCAUCAAACUACGCCGAAGCUAGCUAAUCGCUCCGAGAAACAGAGGCAAACUACUUCUGUGGCUCCAGAAAGCGACUGCGAUGAGCUGGGUUUCUAUGAAGAUGGAACGAAGAGGACCUUGACGGACGCGCAGAUCAAGAUGUUCCGACAUUCUGAAAUUCAACGCUUACUCAGCGAACGUCGUGCUGCCCAGCAGAUGGAAAAGAAGCGACAAAAAAGGAUGCAUGCCGGGAACAGGCACAAAGCAGUCGCUUCCGAAGGGAGUCGACAGUUCGAUGAUGCAUUCCCGGAACAGGGACAAGAACUUGACGCUCUCAUGUACGACGACGAAUCUGUUUCACAAGCGAAUUCACAAGCGACACCGAGAAGCUUUCUCUGGCCGAAGCUGGGGUAACCCAUAAGAGUGGGCAGGUCAACAGCUGGAGAACUUUAUACGCCAGGGCCUAUGAGCAACGAUGGUAUUUGUCAAUUUUGGGGCACAGGAUGUGCGGACAUUUUCUCGCACUUCUUCCAUACCAUUCAUCAGUCGUGAACUGUGUCAACAUGAAGGACAAGGAUGAAACUGAUAUGCUUCAGGAGCUCGAUUUGAGCAUGUCUCAGUCGAUGUAGCUUCCACUCCAGGGGUCGGAGUCACGGACAGCUCUUUAAACUGGACGGUAUUGCUUCCAUUGCAGUCCAAGUCUAUCUCGCCUUCAACGAUAUCAGAUCGUUGCGUACCGUCUCCGACUGGCGUCAUUGUCUUCGUACGCAUGGCUAGGCGUUGAAUCGGCUGGGUAUUCACUAGUCAUACUGCCGGACUCACUACUUUCCAGGCCCGAAUACGCUGGUUGUUGUGCUCGGCGAAAACCCAAUCAAGGAAGGAAUCUCAGCGUACCAUUGGACCGUUGAUUAUCGUUGUCGUUGUCAAGGCCAUCUGACUAUAGGCCCAUCCAAGCUGUCUUUGCAACGCAGUCGACGCCUGGCUUUCUCUUGCUCUGCCUGAUUAGGCCUAGAUGCCGCAACUCUGCAACAGAGCGGUAGAACAAAGCUAGGGCUUUGCGCUCUGUGGCCUCGUCCAUGUCUUCAAGACCUUCUUCAUUGCCUUCUGAAUCUUUGUCGCCGUUCUGCUCAGUCCCGCUAUACCCAAGCGAGGGCGCCACCAUACCCCGAAACGCAUCCCACAAAUCACGCACGUUGAUCACGGUUCCCGCUUCGUUGAGCAUGCUGAGCAGUAGGCACGUUGGUGGUAAAGUUGUUUUAUCGAGAACGGCGCCUUUAUCUGGCAUGCAGCAGUCACAACCCAGAUAGUCUGACGGGCGCGUCAGAGCACGUUCAAGAGCAUAGCGUGUGCGAGGGUGGACAAUGGCGUUUAGUGGUGAUUUGAGGUUGUAUAUGUAGGCCUCGGCCAUGAAGGUGGUCCAGGGGAUUGCUUCUGGGCCUGCAUGCGUAUAAGUUGUUCUUGACUGAAUAUAGCAAUUCAGUAGGUUCAAGAAUGCAUUUGUCAAUUCGGACAAAUCUCUGUUCCGGAGGUCAAGUUGGAGUUCAUCUCGGAUGGAGCUCAGGGUAGGAAUUGAUUG